AUGUCUCGCCGCCCACCGCGUGGAGAGUACAUUGAGACGGACACGGGCAACAAGGUAUCUCGCAAGGCUGUUCUCGUCGGCACCCAGAACAUCAUGCUGGGUGGCAAGACCGUGAUCCAGCCAGAGGUUAUGAUCCGAGGUGACUUGACUCGCACGUCGACCUCGGGCUCGUCGUCGUCUUCGGAGAGCAAGACGGCCGUCGCCAUCGGUCGCUACUGUUUUUUGAGUCGGGGGUCAUGUUUGAAGCCGCCGUCGAGGCUGCAUAAAGGAAUAUUCACCCACAUCCCCCUCCGCAUCGGCGACCACGUCUUCGUGGGCGAGCGGACCGUCGUCUCGGCCGCCUCAGUCGGGAGUUACGUCCACAUCGGCCACGACGCCGUGGUGGGCGACUUGGUGGUCAUCAAGGACUACGUGCGCGUGCUGGACGGCGCCGUCAUCGCCCCCAACACGGUAGUGCCUAGCUUCAGCAUCGUGGCAGGGCAGCCCGCCCGGGUGGUCGGCGAGGUUCCAGAGGGUGGCCACGAGGCCUUUCAGCUUAGAGAGCUGUACAAGACCGUCGGCAACAACCCUCAGCCAGCUGCUGUUGUCUGA